AUGGUAAUCGUGAAGAUGCGGGCCCAGAUGAUCCCGCUAUACGAGCCAAACCAGUCGUUUAACGGACAUCACUGCUUGAAAAGACAAGAAGCUUCUAAACAAUUUUUAUUUAAAAAAAAAAAGAAAAAUUAUGAAAAGAUUUUUAUAAAUCAUUCGUUUUCAAUAACAUUAGAUUGCGGCAUAUCGAUCGUUGGUCCAUCGGAUCAUGUAAUAGGAGAAAAAAUUUCGAAACCACAUAAUUUUCCAUGGAUCGUAGUACUAUUAAACGCAGGAGCUAUUCAUUGUGGCGGAGCAUUGAUAAACGAUCGAUAUAUAUUAACAGCUGGCCAUUGUGUUAAAUGGACAAAAGCAAAGGAUGUGACCGUAGGAUUAGGUAUUCACGACGUAGAUGAUCCAAAUGAUGGAUACAUUGUGCCUAUCGACAAAAUGAUCUUACAUGAAAAUUUUACAAGUCAUAUUAUACAUGACAACAACGACAUUGCAUUAAUCAAAUUGAAAAACUUAAUAAAGUAUGACGAUCAUGUACAACCAAUUUGCUUUCCAAACAAAGAUGCCAAAUAUACUGGACAAAAGGUCAAGGUAACAGGAUGGGGUGCCAUUGCUGUUAACGGAGCAACUUCAAAAUUUCUUCGUGAAACUAAUUUAAACGUAUUAUCAAUGGAUUCUUGUAAGAACACUUCCAUUGGCAAGCAUUUAACAAAUUCUGUAAUAUGUGCUUACAACGAUAAUACAGAUGCCUGUCAGGUAUAAUACAUUGUUUUAUAUAUAAAUUUUAUUUAUAAAAAUUAAUGAAUUUAAAAGAAAAAAAUAUCAAUCCCGUAAUCGUAGGGCGACAGCGGUGGACCAAUUUUUAUAGAAAGACCAAAUGGAAAGAAUGAAAUAAUCGGUAAGAAAAAUUUUGUAAUUUUAUUUCUAAUAAAUUGUAAUUAAUAAAUUAACGUUUAAUUUAAGGUAUCGUUUCUUGGGGAUUGGGUUGUGGUAACAAAGGCGUACCUGGUGUAUAUGUAAAAAUUACGGAUUACUUAAAUUGGAUAAAAGAACAUACUGCCGAUGCUAUUUAUUGCAAGGAUUAAUAGAAUAUAAAUUAUAAUUGAUAUGCAAUGUUGUCAUUUUUAAAAUUGAUUAUAUAAAUCUAAUUAAAAAAUUACGAUAGAAAAAAUAGAUAAAUACUGCUCGAUUAUUUUUAAUUAUAAGGAUUUAAAAUUGGCAAUAAAUCAUCGUUGUUAUUAAUAAUUUCUGCUUACCAUUGCAGAUAAUUAAUCAUAAGUGCCAUCUGUGAAGAAUAAAGCGAGCAUGUAGGAAUCCACUUUGUCGGUGUUUAAUCAAAAUAAAUGUGCAUUUAGCAUUUAUUGAGAUAAAAAUUUGUUAAAUAAUCUAUAUAAAUAUCGUUUACACAUAUUAUUAAAUAGUAAAAAAUA